AGAAAAAGGUAAAAAAUUUACUCCUUUUUUCCAAAGUCUCCAUUUUUACUUUCUUUUUCUUCUCCCCAGCAGAGAGAGGGGAAGUCUCUAAACCCUUGCUUGUCAUCAAAUCGAUUCCUCGAGUGAGGAAACAUUUCUCUUUUCGUGGAUCUUACGAGACCGAGAAGAGAGUAAGAUAUGUCCGGCGCAUCGUCUGAGGAUAGCAGUAUUUUCGCUCGCUGUGAAGACGUAGACUGUAACAAGAAAAUACCUGUAGAGCUUGUAAGGAUGCACAUUUGUUAUGCUAUGUUCCAUAGGACUCUGGCAGCUCGAGGUUUUGGGACACAAACUCAGGCUAAGAAGAAACCUACAAACAAGAAGAAGUCAACAACAUCUCUUACCGAUUUUGCUGUCUUCAUGAAUCAUUUCCGUAAAUCUUUUAGAACAGAUUAUAAUGGUGCAUUGGUGAAAGAAGGUUCAAAGAUCGGUUGGGAAAUGUGGAAGUCUAUGACUGAGGAUGAGAAGAAAGAUUAUCUCGAUAAAGCUGCUGAUGAGGAAGAUGAGGAUGAGGAUACCGUGGAGGAACAAGCUGAUGAUUCUGAUGAUGCUGAGGACAAUGAAGUUAAGGAAACAGAUGAUGACAAUUGACCACAACAAAGUAGCUCAAGUAAAAAAGUAAAGAUUUUGGGUGACGACUACUAAAUAUGUUAGUUAUGCUUGUUCAGUUGUUCUUGGGGGGUCUUUAAUCUUAUUGAAAUGGAUUUAAGGUAGUAUACAAAAACAGACUGAUACGAAUAUGGGCUUAAAAGCCCAUACGAGUUGACAUUAGUACGUAGGUUUGGCCCAUUUAUGUUAUAACUACUAUAAGAAGAAAACAAGUUUAGUUUCUUUCCCUCUUAAUUUGCUCCUUUUUCUUCUCAACGAGAGUCUCUUAAAACCCAUUAUAAUCGAAUCGAUUCCACGAGCAAGAAAUAAGUUUCAUUGUGAUUUGUUUACUGCGUUUGUCACUCUUGUUUGUGUUCUUUGAUCAUUUAGAAGAAGAAAGUUUAUCUGGUUAAAGCUGCUCAACUUAA